AUGCGAAUCUUGGUAAUCGUCAUCGCGAUAACAGUGACAAUCGUCGGAGCAUACGAAAGCCAAAGAGCCAAUGUUCUCUUUAAUACAAAUGUCAUAUCAUAUCGCAAGCCUCAUCCACGAAAUGUCUUUCUCAAUCAACCGUUCACCGACAAAACGAGCGGUCAGCGAAAUCCUCGCGAUUUGUCCUUCGGAGACCAAAUCAAUUAUUCAUCCGACUUUCCAAUUCUGCGUCAUGAACCGUUUAAACAAAAUUCCUUUAGAAACGAACGGUUGUUCGGAGACGCAAUGACGAAGAAUCGGGAAUUGCGUGGUCAACGAGCGAUCCUUCGAGACAAUCCUUUCGAAAGCGCGUCAUUCGCGUCGGAGAUCUUUGAGGGACAAGCAUCGACGUACGGAGACCAAGCGCGGCUUAAGGAACAGCUGUUUACGGCAGAAGCGCCGUUUAAGAAUUUCCUUCACGCGCAAUCGCUCUCAGACGAACAAGCGUCGUUUCAGAAACAGACGGCUUUCGAAACGCCGUUUGCCUCAAACGCAGCGAAAUUUUAUCAAGAUGAUUCUUACGAUAAACCGAUCGAUUCGUACGGACACAAGGAUACGCGAACUCUGCCCGGAGAAUCUUUGUACACGGAAUACGGCAAUCACGCGGUUGGAUUGUCUUCGAUACCAGUGCUUUCGUCUUCCAAGCAGCUUUUCUCAUUAAAUGCCGAGAUGUUCACGACACCAUCGACGCCCACCCACGGUUCUUCUAGUAACGGCGAAGCUCGCUUGUCGGAAAGCUGGAAGAUGAAAUUCGGUUCGGCAUUGGGAACGAUUACAUCAACAUCGGCCAGCAACUGUAAUGCGCUGGUUGACAGCUCGCCGACCAUGUCCAGCGGCGCAGUAACAACCAUUCCAUCAAUCUCAGUUAGCACAAACCAAUCCGCGAUUGUAGGUCAUAUCUUAACGAGUUUAACAACCAAGCCCAACUCGCCUGUCACAGUUAUACCAACAUCAAUAGCGCCGUUCGACGGAAACUCUCCGAGACCAGUUCAUUUCCAUGCCACUAAAUAUGGAGCUGUCAUAGCAUCUCUUCCCACCGAGGAUGAAUUAAAGAACAACGUUCAUGGCAGCCUGUUUGCAAAUACACCGAAAAGUAGUUUCAGGACUAACGAGCAUAACAUUAAGCUCCUAGUACCGGAAGAGCCGAAGAACAACAUGAAGACUAAUAUCCAAAGUCCCACGUUGAAUUACAUUUUGUCCGAGAAGUACAAGGAUGGGCUAAAGGGCAUUCAAAACUCCUUUGCGAACUAUCCGUCGCCUGCGGGACUUAAACACGACUGGUCUUUACAGCAAUUCUCGCAACCAGAAACAUCAUCCAACUAUGCGCCGCUGUCUCUCGGAACGACGAAGCUCAUCCUACCAAGUCUGCCUCUCGCACACGUUUCAACCAUUUCUUGGCCGAUGGACGUCAAAAGUGACGUUUCCGCUUUACCAGCGAAAUCUGUAAUUUCAUCUGAUACGGCGACGAGCGAUAAUCUGGCGCUAGGUGUAAAUUUACCUUUGGGUUUCGUGGCGAGCGUGCCAAACAGUCCGACGUCAAGUAUAUCCAAUAGUAUAUUUGGUAGUAUAACCGAUGGAAUAUCAACGGGCAUACCUGAUAGCAUGACGGCAAACAUGCCUAUGAGUAUACCAACUUUGAGCCUCGAGCAAACUUUACAUCGCGCGGAACAAUUACGACAAACUCAGGAGGCAAGAAAUCUCUGGUACCCCACAGGUUUGCAGCUGCAGUUGGGUGGUUUCGGCGGGAUAAAUUACACAUUACAUAGUAAUCCCACCGCGAAGCCGAUGGAGCUCGGAAACGCGGAAGCAGGCUUAACCCCGCCGAAAUUACUACAAGCACACGCACAAGCUCCUGCAUUUGCAAAAGUGAGUUCUCAAGGCAUGAUUGCGAAUCUUGCGACACCGACACCCAUGUCGCUCGAAAGCUUCCUUAAUAACGACACGUAG